GUGCAAGUGCAUUCAGAAUAGUUAUAUAUUCUAAAUACUAUAUAGACCAAAAUGACUGACAAGUUGGAUACGGAACAGUUCAAUGACGACGAGCUGGAGGCACCUGCUUGGCUCAAUGCCCAAUUCCUUCAGACGAUUCUCAGCACGUACGAAGAGGCCCCAGAGCUGAAAGUGCUCGAUCUGAAGAUCACACCCGCCAGCUUCCAGGGAGAUCACUAUGCCAGUGUUAUGUUCCGUACCAAAGUGGAUUACUCAACUUCGAAGGGAAGGUUCUCCAAGCCGCUGAUUGUCAAGACGAUGCCAGAGCAGGAGGGCCACAAGAAGGAUCUGCUCGCCGAGUCGCAUCUCUUCGAAACGGAGAUUGGAAUGUACUGCCAAGUUCUGCCGGAAUUUGAGCGGAUCCUUCGGGAGGCAGGAGAUGAGGCCAAACUGUAUGUUCCCUGUAUCUAUCACAGUCUGGAGCCACGCCAGAUGAUGAUCUUUGAGGAUCUAGUGCCGCAGGGCUACUCGGUCAUUCGGGAUCGUCCUGUCACAGAGGAGGAAAUGAAAUGUGUGUUCUCUAAGCUGGCCAAGUGGCAUGCGGUCAGCAUGAAGGUUAUAUACGAGCAUCCCGACUUCCUCAAGGAGUUUAAGUACGGCCUGUUCGACAUGCCCACCAUCCAGACGGAUCCCUUCAUCACCACCGGCAUGGGUAGCUUCAUCGAAAUGCUGGACAAGCUUCCGGAGCUGAGGAAGUACAAGCCGCACUUUGAGAAAAUCAAGGACAAGUUCCUUCAGCGCCUUGAGGUGGAGAUGCAAGAGUUCCAUAAAUACCGCCGCAACGACAACUACUAUGUCCUGUGCCACGGCGACUUCCAUCUGCGCAAUAUGAUGUUCAAGCACAACAAGAAGACGGGCGCCUUCGAGGAUGCCAUGCUAGUGGACUUCCAAAUCAGCAAUCUGUGUCCAAUUACCGUGGACUUGACCUACUCCAUCUAUAUGUUGAUGGAACCGGAGCAGCGGCGGGAAAUGGGCAGGGAUCUGAUCAACUAUUACUUAACAGAGCUGGUGGCCACUCUGAAGAGCAUUGGGUACAAAGGAGCGCUGCCUACGCAAGCGGGACUCUGGCAGCAGAUUCAUCAGAAUAAGUAUUAUGAUUUCUUUUUGAUCAGCACGUUCUUGCCUCUGAUCUUGGCCAUCAAAUCGAAUAGCUUUAAGAUGCACGAUCUAAUACAAAACCCAGAAACGCGCCAGAAGACCUACUUUUUGGACACUUAUGUGAAGGAUGUGACUAAGCUUUUGCCCAAAUUCGAAAAACUGGGUUACUUCAAGGGGCUUUAAUAUAUAUAUAUUUGGUUUUUUCUAAUGAAUUCACUAACAUAAAGCUCCAAAUAAAUUCUGUAAUUAGUUGUAAGUAAACCUUUUGAUUUGAAACAACUUGUAUUUGUAGAUAUAUUAUUCAACAUACUCAAGAGACAAUAACAGCGUAAUAAUAAUCUAAUUUGUGAAGUGUUAAUUUUAAUCAAUAAAUAUAUAUUACACAAGA